AUGUUCUGCAUACAAGAGACCGAGCCGCCGCGCUCGGGCCCUUACUCCGGCGACAAGGAUCCCCUGAGCGUCGUGGGCCACACGUCCUCCAGCGACGAUGAACCAGCCGCCAAGCGGCCCAAGCCCUUCGGCAGCCCCUCGCUGAACCUGAAGGUGUACCAGAUCCCCGCAUACAGCCAGCCCUCGCCCCUCCCCUCGUACUCGCCCCCCGCGCGCCUCCCGAAGUUCGUGAACAACCCGCUGAACCUGGCCAACCCGCUCGCCUUCGCCAGUGGGCUCCAGGCCAGCAGCAUGGUGAAGAACCUCCACUCCAGAUACUCCCUGCCUGCGAAGCUCACAAUCACCCCAGUGCACAGGCACGCCAACGGCGACAUAGUGAGGUACAAGAAGAAUGGCGAGAUCGCUAAGAAGCGGGGACCACCGAAGGGCUACAAGCGGAAGCCGAAAGUGGACCUGUCGCAGAGCCUGAGCAAUGGAGCCCUCUUGCAGGCACAAAACACUAUCCUGACCAGCCUUCUAGCGGCCACUAGCAGUUCUCUCACGGGGGCGGGGACGUCACCGGCUCAGGUCGCCCAACCGCAGCCCCUGCCACAAGUCAAAAUACCACCAGGCGUUGAAGUUGUCGAACUGGACCUUGACCCAGCGGAUUGGUUUCCGGCGGAGCCCUACAAAAUGGUGUUCAGCAGGAAGAAAAACCCCAAGUGGAAAAACUUCCCCUACAGAUGUGAAUAUUGUUUUAAGGGCUACCGGGUGGUGUCAACGCUUUUGACCCACGCUGCAGAGAGGCACGGCACCGUGCCGAAGGACCUGGCAAUCCCGUGCCCUUGCUGUCCACACGUCUCCACGCGUCGCAAGCACCACAAGAAGCACCUAGAGUCACACGAGGGCCGAAGGCAUAGGAUAUUCUGCCUCUACUGCCUCCCACCAAGAGACAGCUCGGAGCCCUACGUGAAGGAGGCAGAGAAGUAUCCGUUCGACAAGUACCCCCAGUUCUGGUAUGCCUCCGAGGAGUCCCUGCGGCUGCACAAGAAGAGGAAACACCCGUAUGCGGCCAUGUUCAACUACAAUUGGUUCUGCACGUGGGGUGAGAGCAUCCCCAACAGC